GUUGGUUGCCAGUGGUUAUCAAUAUGGCAGAGCCGUCAUCCCAAGAACCCACCGCUGCAAAAAUGGCGUCACUUAACCGGGUCCGAGCUUUGGCGAUGAUUUUCUUAACUGUCACUGGCUGUUGUGUCACCCCGACAAGUGGCAAGGAAGGGUCCGAGGAGACCGUCAUCAUAGGGCUGCGACUGGAGGACACGGACGACAUUUCUUUUAUGGAUAGGGGCUACCUGCGGGUGAGUGAGCGGUCUCGGGUGAAAUUAAGAGUGUACGGGCAGAACAUCAACAACGAGACCUGGUCCAAAAUUGCUUUCACGGAACAUGAGCGGAGCAGGACGGUCGGGAGCCUUGACAGCUCCUCGGGGGAUAACCAGAGCCAAGAGGACUCCUCCGGCUUGCAUCCCUGCGGUAUUAGGACUUCGGAUAUAAUUAUAUUGCCCAACAUCAUCCUGAGUCGAAAAACAUCCGGAAUAGUUGAAAUUGAUGUCAAACCCCUGCGAAAGACGGAGAGGAGUAAAUCGUAUUACCUUUGCAUCGCCACCGCGACACCGGCCGUGGCCGGGAUGCACGACCCUUGGACGGAGAACACCUGGAUCUACCACGACGGGGAUGACACUAAAGUAAUCGUGGUGGAGGAGAAAAAGUUUCUGCUGCCUUUCUGGCUCCAGGUCAUCUUCAUCUCCAUGCUGCUUUGCCUGUCGGGUAUGUUCAGCGGCUUGAACCUGGGGCUCAUGGCUCUGGACCCCAUGGAGCUCCAGAUAGUGCAGAACUGCGGCACGGAGAAGGAGAAGAAUUACGCCAAAAAAAUAGAGCCGGUCAGGAGCCAAGGGAAUUACUUGCUUUGCUCGCUCUUGCUCGGGAACGUGUUGGUGAACACCACGCUGACUAUUCUGCUGGAUGAUAUCGCUGGUUCCGGGUUGAUUGCGGUGGUCAUGUCCACCAUUGGAAUAGUGAUUUUUGGAGAAAUUGUGCCACAGGCCAUCUGCUCCAGGCAUGGCCUCGCUGUCGGCGCCAACACCAUAUUCCUCACCAAGUUCUUCAUGCUGCUCACCUUCCCCGCGUCCUACCCGGUGAGCAAGCUGCUGGACUACCUUCUGGGACAGGAGAUAGGAACCGUGUACAACCGGGAGAAGCUUCUGGAGAUGCUGCGCGUCACGGACCCCUACAACGACCUGGUGAAGGAGGAGCUGAACAUCAUCCAGGGCGCGCUGGAGCUCAGGACUAAAACCGUGGAGGACGUGAUGACACCACUCAGAGAUUGCUUCAUGAUCCCUGGGGAUACCAUCCUCGACUUCAACACCAUGUCCGAGAUCAUGAAGAGUGGCUACACGCGCAUCCCUGUGUACGAGGGUGAGAGGUCCAACAUAGUGGAUCUGCUGUUUGUCAAGGACCUGGCGUUUGUGGACCCGGAUGAUUGCACCCCGCUGAAAACCAUCACAAAGUUUUACAGCCACCCGUUGCAUUUUGUGUUCAAUGACACCAAGCUGGAUACGAUGCUGGAGGAGUUUAAAAAAGGAAAAUCCCACCUGGCCAUAGUUCAGAGGGUGAACAAUGAGGGCGAGGGGGACCCUUUCUACGAGGUGCUGGGUAUUGUCACCUUGGAGGACGUCAUUGAAGAAAUCAUAAAGUCAGAGAUCCUGGACGAGACUGACUUGUACACUGACAACAAGACGAAGAAGAAAAUCACCCAUCGGGAAAGGAAACAGGAUUUCUCGGCCUUCAAGCCAACCGACAAUGAAAUGAAGGUUAAAAUAUCACCUCAGCUUCUGCUGGCUACCCUGCGUUUCCUAGCAACAGAGGUCGAGCCGUUUGCCCCGGUACAAAUGUCAGAAAAGAUUUUGCUGCGUUUGUUGAAGCAUCCCAACGUCAUCCAGGAGCUGAAGUACGACGAGAAGAACAAGCGGGCGGCCGAGCACUACCUCUUCCACAGGAACAAGCCUGUGGAUUAUUUCAUCCUCAUACUCCAGGGGAGAGUGGAGGUGGAGGCGGGAAAAGAGGGGAUGAAAUUUGAAGCAGGACCGUUCUCCUUCUAUGGGAUGUUGGCUCUGACGGCCUCACCAGUGCCUCUGUCCCUGUCUCGCACAUUUGUGGUCAGUAGGGCUGAAUCACUCGCAGGAUCUCCAGAAAAUAAGUCUCCUCCACGGCCGUUUGGACUCAACCACUCAGACUCUCUGAACAGGAGUGAUCGUAUAGACGCCAUCACCCCGACUCUCGGCAGCAGCAACAACCAGCUCAACUCCUUCCUGCAGAUCUACGUACCCGACUACUCAGUCAGGGCGCGCUCAGACCUGCAGUUUAUAAAGGUAACACGCCAACAAUACCAGAACGCUGUAAUGGCGUCACGUAUGGACAAAACGCCACAGUCGACAGACAGUGAGUUCACAAAAAUUGAGCUCACUCUGACAGAGCUACAUGAUGCAGUGGAGACCCCCACUGUCGUCGUCACCACAGCCAGCACCACCAGCACCACCCCUGCCGUGUCUGUCGUCGUGGCAAACGAGACGUCCCACCUGCUCAAUCAGCAGCAGAACUGUGUGGGCCUCAGCAGGAGCAACCACAGCACCCACAACGAGGGACCCAUCUAGCCCCCCGUUAAGCCUGGUGGAGACCCAGUUCCCACCCUGUCUCAUGGACACACACACGGAGCAGUGGCAAAGAUGGAGAUGAGGGAAAGUGGGGAAGUGGAGGCAGGUGGAGUGAAGGUUCUACUCCAACCAGAAAUCCCCCAGUCAGUCAGUGAGACCCUUUCAUGAAGGGGCAGCGGGGAGGAAAGGUGACGUGACACCCUGGACUCCCCCACCUGAAUGCUGUCAGAAUCCCUGCUGUACUACACGCUUUUAAAGUGGGUGCACUUGAACAGUUCCUGUGACUGAGCUUCUUUUUGGGACAAUCAGACACUUCCAUUGUGAUGACUUGGACCGGAGGGUGACGGAGUGCAUGUGAGCCCUGUCCCUUUGCCCUACAAACGCAAACACAAUGAACGCGCACACAUGCAACACAACACAUUUGCUGUAUUUCCUACUCAGGCCAAAGACUUUGGUCCCCCCAUCCCCCACCCCCCCUUCCUCAACUGGACACAGACAGUUUUUAUAGAUACACACAAAAAAGUCACAUUCCCAAAAACUAACACACACACACAAACCUAAAUUCAUCUCCCCCACCUGUGCAUCUUUCAGGGAGGCUCAGUAGACUUUUGAUCCCAUCAGCAAAGACUCAAACCCACACUAGCAGAGAGCGACGGUUGGUCAAAGACUGCACCAAAAACCGCUUUGAAAUAACUCCUUAAACCACGAACCAAGAAUGUUUUCCUGUAUUUAUUUAUUUUAUAAUAUUGUACGGUAUGUAUAUAUGUAUGCGUGGAGACAUGAUAUGAAAUAAACUGGUAUACGUGCAUGCUCGAGCAUGUACACUAAGAUGUGCUGGGGGCACACGCGUCAUAUCAAAAAGGACAUGCAACAUAUAUGGAGACAAACAUCCAUUCUUGUAUAUGAGGUGGGGAGGGUCUUUUACAGAUACAGUAUGUAUAUUACAGAUCUUGUUAUUUUUACUAUUAUCCUAAAUCAGGCUUAUGGUACUCUAUCUUUUUCACCUUAAAACAAAUCACAAUAUUGCCUUUAAGAAAAAUCAUAUAAUUAAUUAUUUUAACAAAGUGCAAUGAAAAGCAAUUUAUUUAAGAGAUGAUUACAAAUACAAGAAAUGACUGUAUUAUAAAUUGACAGAUAUAUUUGUAUGUACUGUAUGUAUAUGUAUAUUUGUUUUUAAAAAUGCUAAACAGCAGCCAUCCACAAGCAAAAUUCUCCUUAGGCAGAAUCUCUUUGUCUCUCGUUUCAUGUUUUUGCAUCCUUUGACCUUAAAGUCUAAUAUAUGUUCAUGUGGGAGUCAUGA